AUGACCGUCCUGGGCCCUGAGGAUACAGCCAAGAACACGGGCAGCCCAGCCCUCCGGGACUCACAGGCGCUUGCAGCGCUGUGCCGUGGCCGUCCUCCAGGAAAACAGGCGGGGCAGAGGAAGCUGAAGAGCGAGGUGGAGAAGCUCUUCGAAGACACUCUGAUUGAGGUCCUUGAGAAGAUCCCCAAGGGCCACAGUGAAGGGGAGGGGCCGGAGGAGGCCCUCGUGGAGACCGUGGUGGAGCACUAUGGGAAGCUCUUCACCAUCAACCAGGACAUCCAGAAGCAUCUGGAGGCCUUCUCCAAGAGGAACCAGGUCGUCCACCAGAGCCUGGGGUCUCUAGAGGAGAGUCAUAGGGCUCUUACCCCGAGCCUCAAGAUUCUGCUGUGUCAGCUGCAAAAGAGGUGUCGCCGCAAGCAGGAACAGUGGUGACAGUUGGAACACCAUGUUGCCUACCAGAGAGACGUGGACAGCUGUGAUGAAGAGCUGCUCAACUACAUGCACGUGGCCAUCAACAACAUGGUCCAGCAGUGUUCGCCCUCCGCCCACAGCGUGCCCAAGAGCAGGGACCUCUUCUCCAAGCUCGACCUGAUUCAGGAAUUUAUGUUGGACAAAAUGGAGACAGUGAGAUUUAUAUCACUGCGCGUGGAACCCAGAGUGUGCUGGUCAGCGGACAGUGACAAGAGUGAGGGCCUCAGAAGAUACCCCAGGUCCUUCAGGAAAUGCCCAAGGGAUCGAGAUUCGAUCCCCCAAACGCCCUUUCCCAGCACCCAGACUUCAGCACGCUCCAGCCCAUAUGGACCAGGCCGGCCACCAAGCCAGCCCUGCCAGCCUCAGGACCAUCUCCUUAGCCCCUCGGCCUCCUUUUGUCACCACAGUGCCCCCAAGUGGACCGGGGAGCACGGCAGGCUGGGGGUCCUGAAUUUGUUCAUCGGGGGCGUCUCCUCAGAAGCAGAAGCAGGGGUGAAAGGGGCAAAGCAGCUCUAUGGGGGUCUCUCUCAUAAGGGCACAAAUCCCAUUCCUGGGGGCGCCACCCUCAUGAUCUAA